UGCGUGGGUGAGUCUCCUUUGGGGGGGCCCUGGCUCGUGCCUGGAAGCUUUCACUUUUGGUGCCUCCCUGCUCUCUGGCGUUGGGGGCCCAUAUGUGGGGGUCCUGUUUGCCCAAGUCUUGAUGGCUGAUGGGACUGCCCGGCAGGUAGAUUUCUAUCUGUUAUCCCCUUCAGGUUUGGGGGGGCGCCUGACUACCACUGCUGUUUCAGGGGGGGUCUUGGUAUGGGGAUGACUGAGCAAAAUUACUUUCCAUGUGUCGGUUUGUACGCAUAAGUAUGGGUGUGCGAGCUGUAGUUGUAUUGCUUACAUGUUGACACAUCUGCAUGUGAAGAUUUUCUGAGCCAACAGGUGUGUUUGUAACAUUUGAGUGUGUGUGGACAGGCUCCGCCCCUUUAGACUAGCAUCCACACCUGAAAGCAAUGAUAAUAAUCCUCCUGCCAACAUCAUAUUGCUUUAUUUGUUUGUAUUCUUUUUCGUUGGACACAAAUAUAUAUAAAUCAUUAAAUCAAGUUACAAGAGGGGUUAAUACAAAUAUACAACUUGUGUGUCAGAAGACCCACAAUCCCCUAACAGUAAAAUAUGUCCAACACAAAAGGUCUUCAGCUCUUAUCUGUUUGAUCAGAUGUUGAGCAGGAAAAGUAAAAAAAAAAAACCCUUGUGGUUUCAGAGGUUUGAGAUUUGUCAUGGAGUGCUGCCUUUCACAUCAGCUGAAAUCAUCAUUUGCCACAUGACUGUGAGAGCUUUUGGAGAACUGAAAUGAAACAGUUGUGUAAUAGUUUCCUUCUUGGCGAUGUUCACUUCCUUGUGAGCGUUGACGUUUAUAUUUCAGGUGGCAAAAGUAACAAGUCAUUUGGACUGGACUGCACUUUAACCGGAGUUUCUUUUGGACGACUAGAGACAUAUUUCUGCUCACCAUGGCAUGUCUUGCUGUUUCCAUCAUUCUUUUGGGAUUCACUGCCUUUUUGGAUGCAAGGAAGGACACCUGUGAUCUCUAUGGAGCAGUGGGGCAAAACUUGGUGUUACCAUUUGAUUACAAAGAACUGAAAAGCCAAAAUACCUUGAAAUGGACUCACAACGAAAAAGUUAUUUUCCACAGAAAGAUAAGUAAAGUGAAUGUGGGAAAACCAGAGGACAUCGAUUCUACUGGAUCUCUUUCACUGAAGAAUCUACAGUUUACAAGUGCUGGGAAUUACAAAGCCACUGUUUGGUAUUCUAAUGGCACUUUUGAAAAAGAAUGGGAUGGGCGCCUCUGUGUGAUGGAGAAAGUGCCAAAACCUCAACUGACUUACAUCUGUGACUUUAAGUCCAAUGCUGUCAAACUUAACUGCAACGUGUCCAAACCGCGUGGCUUGAAUUACUCGUGGACGGUCGAUGAGAGGAUUUUGACGAAUGAAAAGGCUCAAACUCUGAGCGUUUCUUUCAAUGAGGCGAAAGAAGAGAGAAGGUUUUCUUGCAGCGUGGAAAACAGAGUCAGCAAAGAAAGUAGCGACCGUGUUCAUCUGACGUGUAAAAAGGAAUCUCCUCAGCUGCUUUGUUUUCCCAAGAAAAUUGUCAUGGCCGUGCUUGCUGGAGGAGCAGGUUUGAUUUUUCUUUUAAUCAUUGUUGUCGCAGCAUUAUGCAGCUGCCGCAGCAAAAGUCACAUGACAGUCGAGGAUGAAGGUGAACCAGAGAUGCUUUCUCUGAACAAGCAAGAACCUGGCUCCCCCACCAGCUGUGACUACGAGCAAAUGCACAUCAUUGAGAACUCAUCGGUUCCAACCCCCCAGGUUUCAGGGGGAUCACUGUACGCCAAUGUGUCAAAACGGAAAGCUCAGACUGAAAAUCCGCCGCAGCAGCUAUCUGCACCUGCUGAGGUCGGACAGGACGCAUCCCCGGUGCCUAAGCCAAGGACAAGGAUGGGCGUAAAACCAAACAUCUGAACGCUCCCACCUCCCCUGCAGACGUCUGGGAACCGAAAGGAAUCAGAGAUGACAAAAUCAGGGAGCAGUUUUGUUCGGGAGUGACAAAGCAGAGCGACAAGAAUGUGGAACCCUUAGCCAUAACAAAGUCCAAGGACAGCUUGUUCUGUGUGGUUUAAAAACAGGAAGCAUUUAAGUAAUGUGAUUCACAAUGUUCAACAGUUUAUUAUUUUGUCUUGUAGAAACUCAAACUUUUUCCUUCUAACUGUGCAAAAGCGUUCUCUGUUUUGAGCUUCAGACAAUUGUCUCUCAGCUUAACCACAUCUUGGUGGCUAAAUUGAAUAAGAAAACAAAUUCAAUUAUUAGGAAAUGUCACACAUUUUUUUUUAUUUUUUACUGAACCAAACCAAGCUCAGUUUCCAUUCACUUAUGUUGUAUUUGAAAUAUCUACUACAGUUUUUGAUCAUCUGUUAAAUAAAAUUCCAGCUGUUUCUUUGA